AUGUCUAACGCCCUCAUCAUCCUCAUUGCCUCCAAGCCCAUAACCAGCACUCAGCCCCAGCAUAGCCUGGAGGAGAAGUGCAAAUUAGUAACCUCAGAUACUCAGAAGUUGACCAAGGAACUGAUAUGUAAUCGAAAAGCCCCUUUCCUGCCACUUCUCUCGGUGCUGCUUUGGGGCGCUCUCCUGUGGGCUGGCUGGACCUUCACCCUGGGGGUGCUGGGUCCCUGGGACUGUGACCCCAUCUUUGCUCAGGCCUUCCCCAGUGUGGCUGCCCAGCUGGCUGUGCACCAAGCCCACCAGGAUUCCUCACUGGCGCUGGGCUCACAGCUGACUUCCGUGGUUCUUCCCACGGGCUGUGACACCUCUAGCGCCCUGGCCACAUUCCUGGCCCACAAGAACACCGUAGCUGUUUUUGUGGGCCCUGUCAAUCCUGGUUCCUGCCCAGCAGCAGCCCUGCUGGCCCAAGGCUGGGGAAAGACCCUCUUCCCCUGGGUGUGUGGGGUUCCAGAGGGAGGAGGUGUGCUGGUGCCCGCCUUGCCUUCGGCUGCCCACGUGCUGCUGUCCGUCAUGAGACAUUUUGGCUGGGCUCACGUGGCCAUUGUGUCCUCCCACCAGGACAUCUGGUUGGCUACUGCCCGGCAGGUGGCCAUGACUCUCAGGGCAUAUGGGCUGCCUGUGGGGCUGGUGACCUCUCUGGGACCCGGGGAGCAGGGGGCCACAGAGGUCCUGAAGCAGCUCUGCAGCGUGGAUGGUCUGAAGAUCGUGGUGCUGUGCGUGCGCUUGGCGCUCCUGGGCGGCUCUGAGCAGCCCGCCCUGCUGAGCCGGGCAGGGGCCCAGGGCCUGGCAGACGGGAGGCUGGCCUUCCUGCCCUACGACACGCUGCUCUUCACCUUGCCCUACUGCAACCGCUCCUACCCGGCCCCAGGCGACCGCAGGCACCUGCAGGAGGCCUGCGGUGCCGUGCUGUCAGCCUGGAGUCCGGCCUCAGACACAAGGACUUUGAAGCUGCCGGGGCCGCAGAGAGGCGGCUGCCCACCUGGAGCCGGAGCAGGGAGGUCGGUGCAGACCUUCGCGGGGCCCGGGGCGCGGGGCCACGGACAGGUGUCCCCACCCUUUGGAACCACCUAUGAUGCUGUUUUCCUGCUGGCCCAUGCCCUGAACAGCUCUGAGAGCCACGGGGCGGGACUCUCAGGGACCCACUUAGGGGACCACACAGGGUCUCUGGAUGUGGCUGGCUUUAGCCAGAGGAUCCGGACAGAUAAGAAGGGCAGGAGGCUGGCUCAGUAUGUCAUUUUGGACACAGAUGGUCGGGGAAGCCAGCUGGUUCCCACUCACAUCCUGGACACAGGCCCAUGGCAAGUGCAGCCCCUGGGCAGGGCCAUACACUUUCCAGGAGGAACCCCUCCGCCUUGUGACAAGGACACUGUCCUCUGUGGGCCCCAGUGGACAGCUGAAGCUCAGAAAGGUAAUGGCAACCCCAUCCUCCCAGAGGCCCAGGCACCCUCGUCUCCUCACACCCCACACCCAGCCUGUUACUGCAGCGGCCUCCCCGCAGGCCUCCCUGCUUCUGCUCUUGUCCUGGACCUCACCGUGGCAGCGGGUGAACUCUUGUUGUCUUUUCUUAAACAGGGAGAGUGGGUGUGGCUGAAGAAGUUUGAAGCUGACACAGCCCCUGAGCUGCGGCCGAGCUGCCUCAGCCUCCUGAGAAAGAUGUGGGAGCUGUGGCAUGAGAACAUUGCCACUUUCCUGGGCUUCUUUGUGGCCCCUGGGGUCAGUGCUCUUGUGUUGGAGCACUGUGCCCAGGGCAGCCUGGAGGACCUGCUGCGGAAUGAGGAUCUGCGGCUGGACUGGACUUUCAAGGCCUCCCUGGUGCUGGAUAUGAUCCGGGGUGUGGUAUCUGGCCAUCGGCAUUUCCCUCACGGCCGCCUCAAGUCCCGAGACUGUGUUGUGGCUGGACGCUUUGUGCUGCAGGUCACUGACCAUGGUUAUGCAGAGCUCCUGGACGCUCAGCGGGCUCCCCGCCCCCGGCCAGCCCCGGAAGAGCUGCUGUGGACGGCUCCGGAGCUGCUGCGGGGGCCCGGGGAUCCCGGGCGGGGCACCCUCAAAGGAGACACCUUCAGCAUCGGCAUCAUCCUGCAGGAGGUGCUGACUUGGGGCCCGCCCUAUGGUUCCCCACGGCUCUCAGCGGAAGAAAUCAUCAGGAAGGUGGUGUCUCCCCCUCUCCUGUGCCGGCCACUGGUGUCUGCUGACCACGGGCCACCUGAGUGCAUCCAGCUGAUGGAGCAGUGCUGGGAGGAGGCUCCGGAGGACAGACCCAACCUGGACCAGAUCUGUACCCAGUUCAAAAGCAUCAACCAAGGCAAGAAGACCAGUGUUGCUGACUCUAUGCUGCGGAUGCUGGAGAAGUAUUCCCAGAACCUGGAGGACCUGAUCCAGGAGUGGACUGAGGAGCUGGGGUUGGAGAGACAGAAGAUGGAAGGGUUGCUCUCUCAGAUGCUCCUGCCGUCUGUGGCUGAAGCUCUGAAAAUGGGGGCGACCGUGGAGCCAGAGUACUUUGACCAGGUUACCAUAUACUUCAGUGACACUGUAGGCUUUACCACCAUCUCAGCCCUGAGUGAGCCCAUUGAGGUGGUGGGCUUGCUCAAUGACCUCUACACACUGUUUGAUGCUGUUCUGGGCAACCAUGACGUGUAUAAGGUGGAGACCAUCGGGGAUGCCUAAAUGGUGGCAGUGAGGCUGCCCCGGCGCAACAGGAGCCAGCAUGCAGCUGAGAUCACCAACAUGGUCUUGGACAUCCUCAGCUCUGUGGGCGACUUCCGGAUGAGGCAUGCGCCCACUGUGCCCAUUCGCAUCAGGGCUGGCCUGCAUUCAGGGCCCUGCGUGGCGGGGGUUGUGGGUCUCACCAUGCCUCAGUACUGCCUCUUUGGGGACACAGUUAACACCGCAUCCCGGAUGGAGUCUACAGGGCUACCAUACAGAAUUCAUGUCUGCAUAAGCACCGCCCAGACACUGCUCAGCCUGGAUGAAGGCUACAAAAUUGAUAUCAGAGGCCAGACUGAGCUAAAGGGGAAGGGCUUCAAGGAGACCUACUGGCUGGUGGGGAAGGCAGGCUUCCCCAGACCCCUCCCCACAUCUCUGGACAUCAAACCCCGGCUGCCGUCCUCUGACCUCACAGCCGUCGGGCCUCCACCCCACUUCUGCCUCCACGGGCAGCCAGGCUUCUCAGAAGUGAAGCUACUGCGACUCAGUCCAAGGUCACCCAGUAAACCAGUGGUGGAACUGGAGCUCAACUCCAAAGACCCCACCACGCACGCCAUCCUGGCUGCCUUGUCAGCCACAGCCUCAUACCGCAUGGAAAAAAGUGACGCAGGCACAGUGACAGCCUCAGUCACCAGCCGCAGGGUGAGACCAGCCAAAGGAAAUGCGGAUGGGAAUGCCGCCGCCUCCCCUGAAGGGCAGCCACAGCUACAUUUUAGGCAGGUCCUCUCCCCACAUCCCUUCGGCACCGACAAGGGAUGCUUCCUGAACCACUUCACUCCUGCCCUGAACUAA